GCGAUGAUAGGCGAUGGAUACAUACGACCGCGCUGAUUCUGAUAAAGCGCAGAUGUCAUGCGGUCGCGAUUCAUGUACCGCCGAUCUCCGCGUGUUCGGAAUUAACUCGCCAUUCUGUUCGCGCGACUCGUAAAAUAUCCGCUCAUUUGAGAUUUGACGUACGCGUAUAACACGCGUCGCGCGUUUCGGGAAGUGAUUGUUAUAACGGGAAGCUGCCAACGGCCUUUGUCGUCUUCGCGAAGCUAAAACAAGUAAUAUAACACACUUUUUAUUCAAGAGACAUCUUGGGAACGCCUUUAGGACGUGGAAGACGUCCUCUAAACGUUUUUAUGACGUCUCUAGAUAGAUGCUUUCAGUCAUGGAAAAUUACACAUCGGACUCAAGCGACUCAGACUCCACGUUAAGAACAUUGGACCUGUCCUAUCUAUUACUGAACAACGAAGUGUUAGACAAGCAAUUUCUCAAUACGAAAAGUCCGGAGCAAGUGGACACCUUGUUGUUGAGCCAGAAUCUCCUCACAACUCUUCCUGCCAGUAUCAACAGAUUCACCAGCCUGAAUUCCCUCGACAUCUCGAAUUGCGGCCUCACCAGAUUACCAGAUUUUUGGACGGAUUGUCCUCUCACUUGCUUGAUUGCAAAACACAACAACCUAGCCAACGAUGGAUUAGCGAAAGAUUUUGAAAACCUCGCUAGUUUGAGAGAACUCAAUUUAAGUGGCAAUAGACUCACGGGAUUUCCUGAUCAGAUUCUCGACCUACCUGGCUUAAGAUAUCUUUAUCUGGGUGGCAAUCGUAUCAGCGAGAUUACCAAGGACAUUUGGAAAUUGCAUGGGUUGCGAGUUUUGUCGAUGGGAAACAACAGAUUGACAGACGUACCGUCCACCCUUGGUCAACUGAAGGCAUUACAGGCUCUCAUACUUUGUGACAAUAUGCUAGAGAGCUUGCCAAGCUCGAUAGCUAAUUUAUCGAAUUUGAAAACUCUAUCGCUUCAUAAGAACAGACUGCGGACAUUGCCUACCGAGAUAAUAACAUUAAAAUGUCUUACAGAGUUGUCUUUACGAGAUAAUCCAUUGGUAGUGAGAUUCGUAUCUGAUAUGACACACAAUCCGCCAUCCUUGCUGGAACUGGCGGCGCGCGUUAUCAAGAGCAGCGACAUUCGCUACGAUAAUGAAAGUAUACCGCACAACCUAGUACAAUACCUCAAUAGUGCUCACCAUUGUGUCAAUCCUAAGUGUAAAGGUGUUUUCUUUAAUAAUUGCGUGGAGCACAUUAAAUUUGUCGACUUCUGUGGCAAGUAUCGCUUACCGCUGUUACAAUACUUGUGUAGCAGCAAGUGCAUCGAGCCACGCGACAGCGACGAGGAGCUUGUGAGUGGUGCCAUGAUUAGGAAGGUUCUUCUCGGCUAAUCAGACCUUAAAGACACAUUUCUGUAAUAGAAAACAUUGAGAAUUUCUUGAAAAUUAUUUCACUACAAUUUUUUCUACUUCAAGAAGGAUGUUCUCCAUUUUCUAAAAUCUGCUCUCGAUGAUGCAAAAUUUAUACAUAUCUGUAUAUGAAAGUAAAUAUAUUCCAAUAGAUUCAACAGAAAUGAAAGUUAUAAUAUAGAAAUCUAUA